AUGGACGCCCCAAUCAACCCUCUGCUGUUGAAACCCGAUCUCAUAGUCCUGCAGAAUCUACUACAAGACCUAAGACGAAACAAUGGUACAGACAGUCACGAUCCUGCGGAUUUCUCUGCAGCUCACAAUGAUCAAUCCUCUAUGCGUGCCUUGGACGAGGUCCAUGAUGAGACCACCGUCUUCACCAGCUGGGACCUGAAAGAUCUACCAGCUGGAAAAGGCUUCAGAGCAGAGAUCCUAGGCAAAUACAUUACUUGGGCCCAAGGAAUUGUACGCAAUCCUGUCGACGUCGUCUUCCUCACACACAUAAUACUCUAUUUCAGUACUUCAAUACCUAGCGCAGUAUUCCUAUAUUACCAUUUCACUUGGGCCCAUGGUAUCUUUCAUUGCCUGUUACAGCUGUCGUACUGUGGAUCCUUCACCUUGAUGCUCCACAACCACAUCCACAACAACGGUCUUUUGAAGAAAAAGUACGUCUGGUUUGACAAUACCUGGCCAUACAUACUCGAACCUCUGAUGGGCCACACGUGGGACUCUUACUACUACCAUCAUGUCAAGCAUCACCAUGUUGAAGGCAACGGGCCGGAGGAUCUUUCCUCGACCAUACGCUAUCAGCGAGAUGAACUGAGUAAUUUCCUGAUGUAUGUCGGCCGAUUCAUCGCCUUUAUCUGGAUUGAACUACCUCUAUACUUCUUGAGAAAGCGCAAACCUGGCCUUGCCUUCAAGGCUGCUGCGAGCGAGAUGGCGGCGUACCUGUUUAUCUACCUUGCAGCCCGCAGGAACUUCUAUCCGACGCUCUUCGUCCUCAUUAUUCCUUUAUUCAUGAUGCGUAUUGGUCUGAUGGUUGGCAAUUACGGUCAGCAUGCUCUGGUUGACGACGUUGACCCCGCUUCGGACUUCCGGUCUAGCAUCACACUGAUCGAUGUACCUAGCAACCGACACUGCUUCAAUGACGGAUGGCAUACUUCUCACCACCUAAACCCUCUGCGUCACUGGAAGGAUCACCCAAGAGCUUUCCUCAAGGCAAAGAAUGAGUACACCAAUGGGCGAGCCCUGGUUUUCCAGAACAUCGACUAUUUGAUGAUGACAUAUCGAAUUUUGGCGAAGGACUAUCUGUACCUGGCUGAUUGUGUAGUGCCAAUUGGAGAUCAAAUUGGCAUGUCGAGGCAGGAGCUGGCAGAUAUGCUGAGAACCAAGACCCGGAGAUUUUCGGAAGAAGAAAUCCAAGAGAAAUUUUACAAGGGCCGGAAGACACAGAAGGAAGCCAAGAAGAAGGACGACCUUUACAUAUCGAAGAUAUGA